GGUCCUGAGCCGAACUGGUGUUAUGUAACUGAUACACUGCUUCUCAUCCUGAUGUGCAGUUACAAAAAGUUCACAGGACACGGGUCUGCGAGCAUGGAGAUCAUCUCAGCAGUGCGUCUGCAGAUCGGUAGCGGAACAUUUUAAAGAAAAUUGGCCCCUAGAGCUGUUUUUUAGCCAACUAACUGUCUUACAGCCGUAAACUUAAUUGUAAACUGACCUUAAACAGACUGCCAAGGAUCAUUGCUGGUUAAUGUUCAACUCUGGAAGCUCUUGGUGUGCCUGAAAAGGAAUUUGGAAAUGAGACUCUGCAUUUAGAUUUUGAAAGCAGCCAGACGGACAGACAUGGGCAGCGGGACAAGCCGAGGGAAGAAAGUUGCACCUGCGUGUGUCAGCGAAGUGAACGUGACCAAAACAACUGGCGGUGUCACUUCACCCAAACAGGACAGCCGUCCAUUCAAGCCUCUCAAAAUCCAUGCAAUUUUGCGCAACACGCGCAACCGUGCGCAACCGGACUGCCACAGCGAGGGGCACGACUCUGACUUUUCUCGCGAGGACGAUGACAUUGAUGGAGAGAUGGACACCGUUCUUUCGGAUUACGAGGAGCGACGGAGAGUUUCCGUGAAGACAAACCCUCCCAAGAAGACGAUCGUCAGAUCCAAAACAUAUGGACUGUGCUAUUUUAGUCAAGAGGAUGAGGACUUCAGCUCAGCUCCUCGGUCCCGAGGCGAGGAGCCACGUGGCUCACACGGUGGCUCAAGAGAUGUAAACAAGAUGAGCAAUGAUGCUUUCACACACAAUAAAAAACACACACCGGCUUGCCCCAGUCAGCACAGUUCCUCCUCUCAGGGCGUUUUGACAAGAGGGGCUUUGUUGGAAGCUGCUCCCACAUCAGAAAAACAAUCGACUUUUGGAAGCUGCCAUAGCUCCUCUCUCACCAUGCCAGUCACCAUGUAUGAUGGAUCAGAAGAAGAGCUCAUGGACACUAUUGAGAAAGAGUUUAGUUGACCCCCAGCUGAGAGCGUUGUAGCAAAGCUGUUGUCCUUCUCAGCUGUCCUCGUGGCACACAGCAGUUUGCAGGGGACUUUU